AUGGGAAAUUGUCAUACUGUCGGACCUAACGAAGCGCUAGUUGUAUCUGGUGCUUGUUGUGGCUCUGGUGAAAAGCGAUAUAUCCAUGGCGGCUGGGCAUGGGCUUGGUGUGGUAUUACUGACGUACAAAGGAUUGCUUUAAACGUCAUGACAUUGAAUCCUCAUUGCGAUAGCGUCGAAACUGCCGAAGGUGUGGCUCUAACUGUGACAGCGGUGACACAGUGUAAAAUUAUGACCGGUGAUCUGCUAGCAACUGCUUGCGAACAGUUUCUUGGUAGAUCUACACAUGAAAUUGAAGGCAUUAUCUUGCAAACAUUGGAAGGUCAUUUAAGAGCAAUCUUAGGCACACUGACUGUUGAAGAAGUCUACAAAGAUCGUGAUCGAUUUGCUGCACUCGUGCGUGAGGUAGCUUCUCCUGAUGUUGGAAAAAUGGGUAUCGAAAUUCUAAGCUUCACUAUUAAAGAUAUUAUGGAUAAAGUAGAGUACUUGAAUUCACUUGGAAAAGCACAAACAGCCGUUGUCAAGCGCGAUGCUGACAUUGGAGUUGCUGAAGCGAAUCGUGACGCUGGCAUAAGAAGAGCUGAAGCGGAAAGGGCACGAUUGGAUGUCAGAUAUACAGCUGAUACCAGCAUUGCAGAUUCUCGUCGCGAAUUUGAAAUGGCUAAGGCCGCAUUUGAUCAAGAAGUGAAUCGUGUUCGGGCAGAGGCUGAAUUAUCCUAUGAAUUGCAGGCUGCAAAGAUUAAACAAAAGAUUCGCAGCGAAGAAAUUCAAAUUGAAGUUGUUGAGAGAAGGAAGGAAAUUGACAUUGAAGAAAAAGAAAUCCUUCGUAAGGACAAAGAGCUUAUCGCCACAGUAAAGAGACCAGCUGAAGCGGAGAGUUUCAAAGUAGAAACUUUAGCUGAAGGUCGUCGUGCUGAGACUGUUGCCAGGGCCCAAGCUGAAGCUAUGAAGAUUAAGGCUGUUGGUUCAGCUGAAGCUAGUGCUAUUGAGGCAAUCGGUAAAGCUGAAGCUGAAAGAAUGAGACAAAAAGCUGCUGCAUAUAAACAAUAUGGAGAUGCUGCUUUGGUCAGCUUGGUUCUUGAUGCAUUACCAAAGAUUGCGGCAGAAAUUACUGCUCCUUUAUCCAAAACGGAGGAUAUCGUUAUGCUAAGUGGGAAUGGAGAAGGUCUUACAGGCGAAAUAACGAAACUAGUUGGACAACUGCCUCCAGCUGUUCAAGCAUUGACAGGAGUAGAUAUUUCGAAGGUGGGUGCUAAAGUCAUUUAUUUACUUCGAAACUAG